UCUGCCGCCAACGUCUCAGCUCCUCCCACAUCUGAGUUUUCAUUUCCUGCUCCCUCUGCAGCCCCGCCCAGGCCAACCUACCCGCGACUAGGACGCGUUCGCUUUCGUUCAGGCUUUCCAAUACUCGGGACUGGGGAAACCCGGAGAAUAGAAGGAGGCAAGGACCGCCGUGGGCAGCGAGGUAUCCCCACCGCAGCCAAUCGGCUUCCGAAGUAGGUGAGUUGCUGUCUAAAGAGAAAGACAAAUUCCAGUAUCUUUCAGUCCAUCGGCCAGACAAGCCAUUCCCCAGGUGAGUUGUUUUUUGUUGUACUCGUGGAAAAGAAAAGUUCAAGGGAAGAGAACAGGCUCAAGUCUGCUUCUCACGCUGGCUCUGGGGAUUAGGAAGUUCAGAAAGUUUUGUUUCAGACUGGCAGUGCUGGCUGAUAUAAACACAGCGUCAAGUACUGCACGCUGCAGCUACCUGAGGCCCCCGAACGGCCAGUCUCCCCGCUUUUCCAGUGGUCCAUAGAAGCAAAAGAAAGGAGAGACAGAAGAGGGGAGAGGUACGUGGGAGGUUUAGGCGGAAGAGGCACGGCUGAUUUAAAAGUGAAAGAAAGUAACCAAUUGGUUCGCAGACAACCUUAAAAGGCUGGCGAUUCAAACCCCUAGCCCCACCUGCUCCGUUUCCCGCCGAGCUGGAGCUCUGGAGUCUUUGCUUCCUCAAAUGCGAGCGGGACGUGCACUGAGCGCUGGAUUCCAGGCCCAGUGCUGGCGAGGCGCGCAGUGAGAGAGCACAUAGAGCGCUGGGGUGCUCCACGGGCUUUGAAGAUACUGCUCUAACUUGAAAAUUUGAAAUUAGUAUUUCAGCUGAAUCAUCCAUUCAUCUUCAAGCCAUCAUGAGCUGUAAGAAGCAGAGGUCACAGAAGCACUCAGUCAAUGAAAAAUGUAAUAUGAAAAUCGAUCACUAUUUUUCUCCGGUCUCUAAAAAGCAACAGAAUAAUUCCAGUACUUCUCAAAUGAGGAUGGAGUCUAGAGGAGGCCCAAGAGACAUAACUAAUACCCAGGCUCAAGAAUUCCAUUCACUUAAGAAAAAUCCAGAAGACCAGACUAUGCCCAAAAAUAGGAUAAUACUUGUUACCUUGGAUGUAAACUACAGGAAAAACCAAAAUAUGAAACAUGAGCUCACACAUAGUGAGAAUGGUAGCUUAUAUAUGGCUCUCAACACUCUCCAGGCUCUCAGAAAAGAGAUAGAAACUCACCAAGGCCAAGAAAUGCUUGUGCGUGGCACAGAAGGAAUCCAAGGGUACAUAAACCUGGGAAUGCCCCUCAGUUGUUUCCCUGAAAGCUGCCAUGUGGUCAUUACGUUUUCCCAAAGUAAAAGUAAGCAGAAGGAAGAUAACCACGUAUUUGGCCGGCAUGACAAAGCAUCGACUGAAUGUGUCAAAUUUUACAUUCAUGCAGUUGGAAUUGGGAAGUACAAAAGAAGGAUUGUUAAAUGUGGGAAGCUUCACAAAAAAGGGUGCAAACUCUGUGUUUAUGCUUUCAAAGGAGAAACCAUCAAGGACGCUCUGUGCAAGGAUGGCAGAUUUCUUUCCUUUCUGGAGAAUGAUGAUUGGAAACUCAUUGAAAACAAUGACUCUAUUUUAGAAAGCACCCAGCCAGUCGAUGAAUUAGAAGGCAAACACUUUCAGGUUGAGGUUGAGAAAAGAAUGGUCCCCAGUGCAGCAGCUUCUUGGAAUCCUGAGUCAGAGAAAAGAAACACCUGUGUGUUGAGAGAACAAAUCGUGGCUCAGUACCCCAGUCUGAAAAGAGAAAGUGAAAAAAUCAAGGAAAACUUCAAGAAAAAAAUGAAAGUAAAAAAUGGGGAAACAUUAUUUAAAUUGCAUAGAGUAAAGUUUGGGAAAGUAACAAAAAACUCUUCUUCGAUUAAAGUAGUGAAACUUCUUGCACAUCGCAGUGACUCAGUUGGGUACUUAUUCUGGGACAGUGGAACUACGGGUUGCGCCACCUGCUUUGUUUUUAAAGGAUUGUUCAUUUUAACUUGUCGGCAUGUAAUAGAUUACAUUGUGGGAGACGGAAUAGAGCCAAGUAAGUGGGCAGCCAUAAUUGGUCAAUGUGUAAGGGUGACAUUUGGUUAUGAAGAGCCAGAAGGAAAGGAAACAAACUACUUUUUCGUUGAACCUUGGUUUGAGAUACAUAAUGAAGAGCUUGACUAUGCUGUCCUGAAACUGAAGGAAAAUGGACAACAAGUACCUAUGGAACUAUACAAUGGAAUUACUCCUGUGCCACUUAGUGGGUUGAUACAUAUUAUUGGCCAUCCAUAUGGAGACAAAAAGCAUAUUGAUGCUUGUGCUGUGAUCCCCCAGGGUCAGCGAGCAAAGAAAUGUCAGGAACAUGUUCAGUCUAAAGAAGCAGAAAGUCCAGAGUAUGUCCAUAUGUAUACUCAAAGCAGUUUCCAGGAAAUAGUUCACAACCCUGAUGUGAUUACCUAUGACACUGAGUUUUUCUUCGGGACUUCCGGCUCCCCUGUGUUUGAUUCAAAAGGUUCAUUGGUGGCCAUGCAUGUUGCUGGCUUUACUUAUAACUACCAAAAUGAGACUCGUAGUAUCAUUGAGUUUGGCUCUACUAUGGAAUCCAUACUCCUUGAUAUUAAGCAAAGAUAUAAGCCAUGGUAUGAAGAAGUAUUUGUAAGUCAGCAGGAUGUAGAAAUGAUAAGUGGUGAGGACUUGUGAGAAUUCAGUCUGUUAGAUUUAAGGGAAUGACUUAUGGAGUUAUUUCGUAGGCAUUGAUAAUGGUUUUCUAAAUUCCAAAAUGGUCAUCUUAUCAAUAAUAAUAAUAAUGACCAUUUUCUAUCUGCCAGGCAUUUUUCUAAGCACAUGAAGAAAUUAGUCCUAAAAACACUCUGAGAUGGACUAUAACUUGCCCAGUUUUUUGUUUGUUUCUUUGUUUUGUUUUGUUUGAGACUGAGUCUCACUCUGUCGCCUGGGCUGGAGUGCAGUGGUGCAAUCUCAGCUCACUGCAACUUCCACCUCCCAGGUUCAAGCGAUUCUUAUGCCUCAGCCUCUUGAGUAGCUGGGAUUACAGGCAAACGCAACCACACCCAGCUAAUUUUUUUUUUUUUUUUUUUUUUUGCAUUUUUAGUAGAGACAGUUUCACCAUGUUGGUCAGGCUGGUCUCGAACUCCCGACCUCGUGAUCUGCCUGCCUCAGCCUUCCAAAGUGCUGGGAUUACAGGUGUGAGCCACCACGCCUGGCCAACUUGCCCUAUUUUAAAGUCAAGCAAUGUGAAGAAUAACAAGAUUAAAUAAUAAUCAGUUUCAUGACACUAAAAGUCUUAUAAUCAUUGGGUUUUUUCAUCUUUCAUAUCUUUGCCUAAAUUCAUUUGCUACAGUGCAGGAACUAAAACUUGUUCAUCUCAUGAUUCCCUACAUCUGACAUAAGGAAAAUAAGUGCUCAGAAAAAUGUGCAGGUCAAUCAGUUGCAAAAGUUGGGGCUGCAGUUAAUGCUUACAUAAGAGCUAAAUGCUUGAUUAGAAAUGAUCUCAAAAUCUUUUAGAAUUUUCAAAAUCCUCAUAUUACUGAAACUGUCAGAAUAUAUGGGUCCUGAAAUUCAGAUGAUAGUCACUCUUCCCAUAUUUAUAGGCUAUUGAGGCAAGAGAUAUCUUAAACAUCAUAUUACUUUAUUUAGAUUUCUACUGUUUCGAUUAUUAAUGUUAUGUUUUUCUCAUUGUUUUACUUCUUCAUGGUAUUAUGAAGACUGUAUAGAUGAUUCAACCAAGCCUGCAAAUCUCCCUCAUUUGGAAUUCUACUGGACCCAAUCCGUUUUCCAUUGCCAUUGCAAUGCUACUAAAGCCGUGCAAUAUCAAGCACCUUCCCUCUAGGUCCAGGGACUAUAACAGAAGGUGGGCAUGUAGGAUUUUAAGGGCUGGUUUCAAGAGGUGGAGUGUAGGAAAACAGCCUGUUUUAUUGCAAGAGUGAUGUCAUCUUGAAGUGUAGCCGGCAGGAUGACUGCUGUUUGACUCCUGCAUACCAAGAUAUUCUGCAGCAAUGUCUUUAAACAAUGCUGAUAGUGCAGAUAACCCCUCAUAAAGAUGCUUAUCUAACCUCCCCAGUGGUCAAGUGUUUCACAAGAAAGUCUGAGAUAUGACCAGCUACACAUGUUUUGCCAAAAUUGCUUGCUAUAUAAAGGGUACUUUUGGGAGGGUGAGUGCCACCAUUUAGUGGCUGCUAGAAACAUUGCUUCUGUUUGUAAGUUCCUAUUAAAUGUUUCUUUCUGAGAAA